GUCAAAACAAAUAUGAGUCAGACAAGCUUAAUUUUUUCUAUGUAGUUACUGACUGGUUUAAAACAUUUAAUAUAUAUAAAAAAAAUGGCCAACAAAAAAACGAAUGAUCAUAUUUUAGACACGUUAGAACCUCAAAUUCGCUUGAAACAGCUAAUAGACUACAUCAACCAAGUAGAAGCUGAUCCCAAUGUUCCACCUAUAAGGUACUAUCGUUCAGGUCAGGAAAUGGUAAGAAUGGCUAAUGUAUAUUACAAAGAAGGUAGCUUGGAAAAUGCUUAUGUCCUGUAUCUGAAGUUUAUGACUCUUUUCCUUGAAAAGAUUAGAAAGCAUCCGGGAUUUGCUUCUGUGGCAGUUGAUAUUAAAGCCAAAAACCAAGCAACCUUAAGGGAAAUAUUACCGAAGGCUGAAAAACUAAAAUCGUUAUUAUUGGAACAAUAUACUACUGACUAUCAGAGAUGUCUACAGGAAAGGAAAGAGUUGGAACGAAAAAGGAAAGAGGAACAAGCCAAAGUCGCAUUGCGUCCAACACCUAAAUUGCCUAUUAUUACACCAACUGUUCCACAACAAGUUGUUGUAGCAAAAAUUCCCGAAAGCUUAGAUGAUAUAGCAUACCCAGAUAGUGAUGCUCCGCUGAUACCAACAGCGCCUCCACCUUCAACUGCCGUUGUGCAGCCGGAGCCUCAAGUAAAAGUUUUGCCUCCAUCUCCAAUUAAAAGACCUGAAAUCGAUCGAACCAAAAAACCAUCGGAUAUAUAUGGAAGAUAUGAUAGUAACCUGUUGAGACCCGUAGUCGUGCCUGUUCAAUUAAUGACGCUGUUCCAAGCUAUGGCCCAAUCGAAUACUUUUAAAAAUAUUGAAACGUGUGGUAUACUAUGCGGAAAAUUGGAAAAAAACGAAUUGAUUAUAACCCACAUGAUUUUACCAAAACAAAAAGGGACGUCAGAUACUUGCCACGCUACAAACGAAGAGGAAAUUUUCGAAUAUCAAGAUGCAUUUAAUCUUAUUACCAUUGGAUGGAUACAUACACAUCCAACACAAACAACAUUUCUUUCAAGUGUGGAUCUGCAUACACAUUGUCCCUACCAGUUGUUAAUGCCUGAAGCAAUUGCCAUCGUAUGUGCACCUAAGUAUAAUGAGACCGGCAUAUUUACGUUAACUCCAAACUAUGGUCUGAAAAUAAUUGCCAAUUGCAGACAAGAUGGUUUCCAUUCGCACGCAACGGAACAACCACUAUUUGUUGAAGCUGACCAUGUACGAAUCGAUAACAACGCAACUGUGGAGGUUCUGGAUCUACGUAAUCGUAAAACGUGAACAUUGGGUUACUGCACCAAAGAGCUUUGUUGUUUUUAAUGUUUAUACGGAAAUAAAUAAGCUUUCGCUUUUGUAUAUUUCAUAAGAUUUAUAUCGAUAUUUAUAACAAAAACUGUGAUGAGGAAAUCAUUCAUACUGCUUCUUUAUGUACGAUUCUUUGAGAAUAAACUUUAUUAUUUGUU